UGUCAUUAGUGGUGUCAUUUAAAGAAUAUGUCCAAAUUUCAGUGAAUUUGAUUUUUAAAGUCCCUUCAUCUUCUCAUUUUCUUGAAAGUCUUAAUGUUAAUGAUGAUAUAAAAACACAAUAUGCAUAUUAAAUGCAGCAUUAAUUCAGCCAAUUCCUUCAAUACAAACAAAUGUAGUUUAUGAGGCGACAGAAGGGUGUUUUUUAUUUUGAAAAGAGCUUUAUACCAAUUGCAGGAAUUGUUUAGAGAAUGUACAAUGCCAGAAAAAAUCCGAAAUCAGCGAAAAAUUCUAGAGGCAAUGACACAUGUAAUUCAAAAUAUAUGUUGAACUGCUCAUGUCCAACUAAGUUUCAAUUCAAAAACGACCAAUCCAGGUGCGACGAUAAAACUUAUAAGAACAAUAACUUUUGGGUAAAAACAGCUGAAGAGAGUGAGAAAUUUCUGCAAAGUGAAUUGGAAAAGUAUGGGUUAACCCCCAGAACAAAAAAAGCUACUGAUACCAAUCAUUACAAUUCCUCAGUACAUAGUGGUAGGGUAGACAUAAAUUUCAGGAGUGUACCAGAUAACAGAGUUAUAAAAGUGAAUAUCAAAGAAAUUCCGUGUCGAAAUAAGUACAAAUCAAAGACUGAACCAAACUUGACAACCGAUAGAUAUGUUGAAGAUCUGAAAAAAGAGAUCAAAUCGAAAAAAAAAGAUAUUCCUUCAUUACCUGAUAGAUACAAAAAAAAGUAUGUAAGGUCCUUAAAAGAUGAGCUCCUCCUCAACAAACUCGCAACACGCCAUGAUAGCAGGAAGCAUGUCGAAGGGAUUAAGAGAGAGAUUGAAACAUACCGUGCACAUCAUUCUCCAUUUGAUCGAGCAGAUGGACCAUCAAACCUCAAUAGUAAUUAUCAACCGACCAAAUUCAAAAUUAGUGUAAAUCAUAAGAACAAGAAGAGAGAGGCUCAGUCAGAGGACGGUUCAACCAGAGGACAUAAAGUAAGAGAGAGGAGAGGAAUGAACUCCGAAGCAGGUGAUGGACAUGAUAGGUAAGUCAUCAUUCGGCACUUGAAU